AUGAUGGAAAAAUACGUGGUGACGAAUUAUUCUCUGUGCUCCCGACAAACAUCUUAUCUCGAGACCCCCGAUUUCCUUGCCAAUGGUGUUCACACAUUUUCAAUUCUCACUUUUCCUCUAUCAAUAUACGGCGCAUAUUUGAUACUUCGUGUAACUCCGAAGCAUCUGGAAGGCACAAAAUAUAUUCUGUUUUAUUUGCAAUUCUGGUUUGUUUGUUUGUUUGUAGAAUUUCAGAAGUAUUUAGAGAUUAAUUUCAGCACGUUUCUACUGGAUAUUAUUGUGAAUUUCUUGAUCACACCUUAUCUGUUUUUGCCACUUGCCGCUGCGAAUUUUUUGGGAGUUUUGAAGAAUAGUUUUAUUCCUUUCAAGGUUUUGACAUUUAUUGGACAUUAUUCGAUUUGGAGUUAGUUUUAAGCUCAAAAAAAAUAUGCAAUUUUUGAAACAGUGAAUUUUCUUCAAUUUUCCAGCAUUAGGAAUCUCAAUUCUCGCCGUUUUCCAAAAUCGUCACAGUGUAAUAAUCACUAUAAAACAUAGAAUAACUAGAACACCUACACUAAUUUAUUAUUAUGUUUUUCUUUACAUUUUCGGAUUCAUCAUUAUUCUCACCUAUCAUUCUUAUACCGUUGAUGAUAUUGAGCAAACAAAACUCGAAUUUCUCUCAAAAUACCCUUGCCCACCGCCAUUGUUUUUUGAAUCGACCACACAAUUUGUCACCGAUAAAUUAUAUUUUGCUGGAUUCGGUAUUCUAGCAAUGGCCUCUGUUAUAUUCACAAAUGGAUUUUAUUUUUUCCUCACAACAUCUUAUCAUCUAGUUUUCAAAUCUGCAGCUGUUUCAUCAAAAACCAAGCAACUUCAGCUGAGUUUCUUGAUUUCGGUGUCAAUUCAAAUUGCAAUUCCUAUCAUAGCUUUAUUUAUUCCAAUUGUUUAUUUAUGUUAUUCGAUAAUUCAAACAGUUUAUAGUCAAAUUGCUAAUAAUUCUGUAGUUUUAACGAUUUCACUGCACGGACUGUUGUCUAAUCUUUCUUUGGUUUUACUUCACAAACCGUAUCGUGAUUUUACUUUUCGAAGAUUUGAGAAAAGAAAAUCUAGCACUGUUGUUUCUGUUGUUAUAUAA